AUGUCAAGAGCCAAGGAUUAUUCUACAGAAGAAUCUAUCGGAUCAGUCAGUAAUCCUAGUCAUCCUACUUCUGCUAAUACAAUAAUUAAUGAUGCCAAAGCGUCUGGAGUGGAAGUACAACAUCUUGAAACUCCCGACAAAUCGGAGAGUGACAAAAAAAAUUACAGAACUAUAAGACUACCGAACGGAUUGACAGCAUUAUUAGUUUCUGAUCUUCAUUGUGGUGGAAGUAAAGCUUGUGAUUCCAAAGGCAAAAGUGGAGAGGAAGGCCGUAACAAUGACUCACAGGGUAAGGAAAGUAAAGAUGGAGGUAAUGAGGAAAGUGGUCAUGGAAUAAAAAAUCUUACUGGCAAACCCAGUAAAGAAGAAAAAAAAAGGGCAGCAUGUGCCUUAUCCGUAAAAGUUGGAAGUUUUAGUGAUCCACUCAAAAUUCAAGGUAUGGCUCAUUUUCUUGAGCAUGUGGUGUUAAUGGGUUCCGAAAAAUAUCCCCAGAAUAGUAUCACUGAAAAUGGUUACACUGACUGGGAGCACACAACAUUUAGCUUAGAAGUGCGAGAAAACUAUUUACUACCUGCCAUGGACCGUUUCGCCCAAUUUUUUAUAAGUCCUCUUAUGGAAAAAAGUGCUAUCACUAAAGAAAGGGAAACUGUAGAAAGUGAGUUCAAGAUGGCCUUACCAUCGGAUUACCACAGAAAAGAGCGAUUGAUUAACAGCUGUGCAAAAACUAAUCACCCUGCCACAAAAUUUUCGUGGGGUAAUUUAAUAACGCUAAAAGAUAAUAUAGAAGAAGAAACAUUGUAUUCAGAAUUGCAUAAGUUCAAAGACAGGCAUUACAGUGCUCAUCGAAUGACUCUGGCUGUUCAAGCUAGACUAUCAUUGGAUGAGUUGGAGAAAUAUGUCAUCGACUGCUUUUCUAGUGUGCCUGUUAACCAUCUGUCGUGUGAUGAUUUUUCUGAAUUCAAAGGCAAAGAUUCUUUCAUUAAUCCAAAUUUUUGCAAGUUAUACAAGGUCAAACCAAUUAAAGAUACCUGUCAAGUUGAACUCACAUGGAUUAUGCCCUCAUUACAUCAUUUGUACAAAACUAAGCCUCAUAAAAUUGUUUCAUGGAUUAUUAGGCACGAAGGAGAGGGUUCCUUAAUAAAUUACCUUCGUCAAAAAUUAUGGUGCUUGCAUAUUUUGAGUGGCAUCAAUGGAGGAGAUUUUGAGCAUAACUCGAUGUAUUCGUUGUUAGGUUUAUCUUUGAUAUUAACUGAUGAUGGGUUCAAGCACUUAAAAGAUGUAUUAGAAGCUGUAUUUUCCUACAUAAGUUUGUUACGUCGAGUGGGUCCUAAUAAAAGGUUAUUUGAUGAAAUUCAGAAAACUAAAGACAUCAGUUUCAGAUUUAUGACUGAACAAGACACUAUAGAUAACGUCACAACUUUAUGUGUAAAUAUGCAUUUGUACCCAUCGAAAGACUUUUUGACAGGAGAAAAUUUAUAUUCUCUCUAUGAUCCGGAAUCUAUAAAACAAUGUAUGGAAGACUUGAGCCCAGAAAAAGUCAAUAUUAUACUUUUUGAUCGGAAAUUUAAUGAGGAAGACUUUGACCAAGUGGAACCGUGGUUCCAGACAAAGUAUUCUAGUGAAGAUAUACCCAAGGAAUGGGUCUCUCGUUGGAAAGAAAUUGAACCUUUUGAAGAAUUUCAUUUGCCCGAACCCAACGAGUUUAUCACGGAUGAUUUCACUUUGAUAGAUUUGCCCGCCGAUGUACCAAGUUACCCAACGAAAAUCUAUCAUGACGAAAAAACAGAAAUUUGGUACAGAAUGGACCCCAAGUUCCGUCUCCCGGAAUGUUACAUUUACUUGCUUUUGCAAACUCCUUAUGCAACAGAAUCUCCGAAAUCCUCUGCCAUGUUGGACAUAUAUUUGGCAGUGUUGAAACACUUAGUUGUCCCAUCUCUAUUCCCUGCAUCAGCUGCUAAAUUAAAUUAUGAAAUUCUUCCGGACGAUAAGGGUGUUGUUAUCCAAGUGUACGGUUUUAAUCAAAAAUUACCUCUUUUGUUAAAGAAAAUUUUUCAAAAUAUCGCUAACUGUCAUAAAUUAACUACAGAGGAAUUAUUUAAUGUUAUAAAAAGGGAACAGCGGAAAGAAAAAUUUAAUACUUUUAUCAAGUCCGAGAAACUCUGCGGGGAUAUACGAUUAUCUAUCAUAACUAAAGGUUAUUCAACAGCAAUUGAGAAACAUACUGCCCUUUGCGACAUAGACUUUCAUCAGUAUCUCCAAUUCGCUGAGCAUCUGAUGGAUAACUUGUACAUUCAGUGUCUCGCCCAAGGAAACAUGACCCGAGAGAAUUUGUUGAAAUGUGUGUUUGAGUGUACCGAACUAUUGAAAUUCAGCAAAUUAGAUUCCAGUGCAUACCCACAAAUAUUAGCUUACGAGAUACCGAUUGGGGAAAAGUAUUGCAAAGUCAAAAGUUUCCUACCCAACGAUGUCAACUCUGUUGUGACCAAUUUAUAUCAAUUUGGACUCGAUUCUAUCCAUUUAUCUGUUAUGAUUCAACUUUUAAUGCUGGUGAUGAAAGAACCCGCAUUUGAUUUUCUUAGAACCCACAUGCAGUUGGGCUACGAUGUUUGGUGUGAUAUAAGAGAGACGUACGAUACUCUUGAAUUUUCAAUAUCUGUUUGCACUCAAGCCAACAAGUUUUCUACUGAUUUUGUAAAUUUUUGCAUUGAACACUUUAUUGAGAGUAUGAUUAAAUUUGUAGAAAAGUUCAAGAUGGCCUUACCAUCGGAUUACCACAGAAAAGAGCGAUUGAUUAACAGCUGUGCAAAAACUAAUCACCCUGCCACAAAAUUUUCGUGGGGUAAUUUAAUAACGCUAAAAGAUAAUAUAGAAGAAGAAACAUUGUAUUCAGAAUUGCAUAAGUUCAAAGACAGGCAUUACAGUGCUCAUCGAAUGACUCUGGCUGUUCAAGCUAGACUAUCAUUGGAUGAGUUGGAGAAAUAUGUCAUCGACUGCUUUUCUAGUGUGCCUGUUAACCAUCUGUCGUGUGAUGAUUUUUCUGAAUUCAAAGGCAAAGAUUCUUUCAUUAAUCCAAAUUUUUGCAAGUUAUACAAGGUCAAACCAAUUAAAGAUACCUGUCAAGUUGAACUCACAUGGAUUAUGCCCUCAUUACAUCAUUUGUACAAAACUAAGCCUCAUAAAAUUGUUUCAUGGAUUAUUAGGCACGAAGGAGAGGGUUCCUUAAUAAAUUACCUUCGUCAAAAAUUAUGGUGCUUGCAUAUUUUGAGUGGCAUCAAUGGAGGAGAUUUUGAGCAUAACUCGAUGUAUUCGUUGUUAGGUUUAUCUUUGAUAUUAACUGAUGAUGGGUUCAAGCACUUAAAAGAUGUAUUAGAAGCUGUAUUUUCCUACAUAAGUUUGUUACGUCGAGUGGGUCCUAAUAAAAGGUUAUUUGAUGAAAUUCAGAAAACUAAAGACAUCAGUUUCAGAUUUAUGACUGAACAAGACACUAUAGAUAACGUCACAACUUUAUGUGUAAAUAUGCAUUUGUACCCAUCGAAAGACUUUUUGACAGGAGAAAAUUUAUAUUCUCUCUAUGAUCCGGAAUCUAUAAAACAAUGUAUGGAAGACUUGAGCCCAGAAAAAGUCAAUAUUAUACUUUUUGAUCGGAAAUUUAAUGAGGAAGACUUUGACCAAGUGGAACCGUGGUUCCAGACAAAGUAUUCUAGUGAAGAUAUACCCAAGGAAUGGGUCUCUCGUUGGAAAGAAAUUGAACCUUUUGAAGAAUUUCAUUUGCCUGAACCCANCAAAGUAUACGGGUUCAAUCAAAAAUUACCUCUUUUGUUAAAAAAAAUAUUUCAAAAUAUUGUCACCUGUCAUGAUCUAACCACAGAGGAUUUAUUUAAUGUUAUGAAAAGAGAGCAGUGUAAAGAAAAAUUCAACACCUUUAUAAAACCAAAUAAACUUUGUCGGGAUGUACGAUUAUCUAUCAUAACUAAAGGUUAUUCAACAGCAAUUGAGAAACAUACUGCCCUUUGCGACAUAGACUUUCAUCAGUAUCUCCAAUUCGCUGAGCAUCUGAUGGAUAACUUGUACAUUCAGUGUCUCGCCCAAGGAAACAUGACCCGAGAGAAUUUGUUGAAAUGUGUGUUUGAGUGUACCGAACUAUUGAAAUUCAGCAAAUUAGAUUCCAGUGCAUACCCACAAAUAUUAGCUUACGAGAUACCGAUUGGGGAAAAGUAUUGCAAAGUUAAAAGUUUCCUACCCAAAGAUGUCAACUCUGUUGUGACCAAUUUAUAUCAAUCUGGACUCGAUUCUAUCCAUCUAUCUGUUGUGAUUGAUCUUUUAAUGUUGAUCAUAGAAGAACCAGUAUUCAAUAUCCUUAGAACCCAAGAGCAAUUGGGCUACGAUGUUUCGUGUAUGCUAAGAGACACGUACGAUGCUCUCGGUUUUUCAAUAACCGUUUGCACUCAAGCCAACAAGUUUUCUACUGAUCACGUGGACAAAAGUAUCGAAAAUUUUCUUCAAGGCAUGAUGAAGACCCUCAAAAGCAUGUCUCAAGAAGAAUACGGUGAUUUUAAAAAGUCUCUCAUUGAGACCAAAAAAUGCGUGGAUGUUAAUCUCAAAGAAGAGGUUUCUAGAAAUUGGUCUGAAAUAACUAGAAACAAGUAUGUUUUUGAUAGAUUUGAAAAGGAAAUCGAUGCCAUAGAAUCUAUUAAGAAAAGCGAGUUGAUUCAGUGGUUCAAGGAUCACUCAUUGAAAGGAAAAAAUUUCAGAAAAUUGAGUGUUCACGUAGUGGGAACUGCCAAUCCAUCCACUGAUGACAAGAAUAUCGAAACUUGUGAGAAUGAAAAUAAGGAAAAGGAAAAAUACUGCUUACAGUUUUUAACUCUCGAAGAUGGUGCGGAAAAAAAGGCUUCAGAUGCCUCCAUUACAGAUAUCAAAGCUUUUAAAAGUAAACUGAAGUUGUUGAAUACACGUCUAUAAAAAUUAAGCUCAUUCUAUUAUGAACUCAAAUUAAUAAAAAUAGAUUUAUGA